AGACAUCCCGUCACAGGUGCCGCCAUUGACGCCAGGCACCAACAAGAAAAUGGCCGAGGCGCUGAAGGCUACCUUCGCCUCCUGGGAGAAGGAGCAACUGCGCCUCGGCGUACCCAAAGACCCUCGCCAAUGGAACGAGGCGGCGGUGGCAGCGUGGCUGCGAUGGGCAGCGCGGGAGUUCUCCCUGGAAGGCGUGGCCCUGCAACAGUUUGCCCGCACACAAGGCAAGGAUAUCUGCGCCAUGGGACGCGAGGAGUUCGUCGCACGCGCACCCGCCUUCAUGGGAGACAUCCUUUGGGAACAUCUCGAGAUAUUACAAAAAGAUGUGGAGAAGGAGCGAUCGUUGCUGGCCAACGUACCGCCGAACAUGUACGAGAGCAACGUUUGUCUGCCCGAGCUCCCAGAGUACAAUAUUCCGCCUCCAGCACACCACUACAACAACAACAACAAUACCGGCGGCUACACUACUGGCGGUCCUCGCGAGACGAACGCCUACGGGUAUUCGGAACCGAGCGGUGGAGCUGCACCCGCGCCAACAGCGGGUUCCCCCCUCGACGAGUACUACCCCCCAGAGUACCCGCCCGGCCCCCCUGCGCCCCCUGCGCAGCCCUACAUCGACGAAUACUACCACCAUGCGCACGCGCACUCCCAGCCGUUACUCACACACGAGCCCAAAUACCAGCCCCAUGCCUACAGCAAGCCUUAUCCAAGAGGCGCUGGCGGCCGAUAUGGUGGCGAGGGUUAUGGCGAAAGCUACGUACAAGAGUACGGUGGCGCAUGCGCGGAGUGGAACGAGUGGCCUGCCGACCAGCACGCACUCAUCCCCCAGGACAAACUCCCGUACCCUGCCACAGGACCCUGCUUCACUGGAUCAGGGCCGAUACAACUGUGGCAGUUCUUGCUGGAGCUGCUGACUGACAAGAGUUGCCAGGGAUUCAUCUCGUGGACUGGCGACGGCUGGGAGUUCAAACUUACCGACCCUGAUGAGGUGGCUCGGCGUUGGGGCAUCCGCAAAAACAAGCCGAAGAUGAACUAUGAGAAACUGUCCCGUGGGCUGCGCUACUACUACGACAAGAACAUCAUCCACAAGACGGCCGGCAAACGUUACGUGUACCGCUUCGUGUGUGACCUGCAGAGCUUGUUAGGCAUCUCACCUGAGCAACUGCACGCAAUGUACGAACCCAAAAUGGAGAAGAAAGACGAGGACUGA